AACUUGAACAACCAUUUGUUUUAAUUAAAUGUUUAAAUUCAGGGCAUUAAGGACAUAAAUUUUGAGUUGAAGAAUUUUAUUUUUUAGAAUUAUCUAAAUUUAUCUAGUAGAAUUUUUCUUUACAAUUUUAUUAAAAAUAGAAUUAUUAAUUAUUUAAAUUAUUAACAUGCGUGAAAUUGUACAUAUUCAAGUCGGCCAAUGUGGAAACCAAAUUGGAGCAAAGUUCUGGGAGAUAAUAAGUGAUGAACAUGGAAUCGAUCCUAAUGGAGCCUACAAAGGUGAUUCAGAUCUCCAAUUGGAACGCAUCAACGUCUACUAUAAUGUAGCAAACACUGAAAAAUAUGUACCUAGAGCAAUUCUCAUAGACUUGGAACCUGGUACCAUGGACGCAGUUCGUUCAGGACCCUAUGGACAGCUAUUUAGACCGGACAACUUUGUUUUUGGCCAAUCAGGAGCUGGAAAUAAUUGGGCUAAAGGUCACUACACUGAAGGGUCUGAAUUAAUUGAUGCAGUAUUGGAAGUAGUAAGAAGAGAAGCUGAAGGUUGUGAUUGUCUUCAAGGCUUUCAAAUGACUCAUUCACUUGGGGGAGGAACUGGAUCAGGAAUGGGAACGCUGUUAAUUGCUAAAAUACGUGAAUACUUUCCUGACAGAAUAAUGUCCACUUUUUCAGUCGUACCUUCUCCUAAAGUGUCUGAUACUGUUGUUGAACCCUACAAUGCUACCCUGGCUUGUCAUCAAUUAAUUGAAAAUACUGAUCAAACUUAUUGUAUUGACAAUGAAGCUCUUUAUGACAUUUGUUUCCGCACUUUGAAACUUACAUCUCCAUGUUAUUCAGAUUUGAAUCAUCUAGUUUCCAUCACAAUGUCAGGAGUAACAACUUGUUUACGAUUCCCUGGUCAAUUAAAUGCUGACUUAAGAAAAUUAGCUGUUAAUAUGGUUCCUUUCCCACGUCUUCAUUUUUUCGUACCUGGAUUUGCACCACUCACAGCUCGAGGUAGCCAACAAUAUAGACCAUUUUCUGUUCCUGAAUUAACUUACCAGAUGUUUGAUAACAAAAACAUUAUGGCUGCUUGUGAUCCUAAGCGAGGAAAAUAUUUAACUGUCGCUGCAAUUUUUCGUGGGAAAAUGUCAAUGAAAGAAGUGGAAGAGCAGAUGCUUAAUAUGCAAAACAAGAAUUGUGAACAUUUUGUUGAAUGGAUUCCUAGCAAUGUAAAGACUGCCGUUUGUGAUAUCCCACCUAAAGGACUCAAGAUGUCAUCGACAUUUAUCGGAAAUUCUACAGCUAUUCAAGAAUUAUUUAAACGACUCUCCGACCAAUUUAAAGCUAUGUAUAGACGAAAAGCUUUUUUGUGUUGGUAUACUGGCGAGGGUAUGGAUGAGAUGGAAUUUACAGAAGCUGAAUCGAAUAUGAAUGAUUUAGUUUCUGAAUAUCAACAGUAUCAGGAAGCUCUACUUUAUGAUGACGACGAUGAUGAUGAUUACUGUGACUAAGACAAAACUGAGUAAUUUCUACAAGAGAUAUACAAGUGAUGUUAUUUUUUAAUCGCACACAGUUUUAUGAGGAGACACAUUUUAUUUAGACCUAAAUUUCUGUAUAAUAUUUGAUAUUAACUUAAAAUAAAGAUUUAUAAAAGAUUAUUGAUUAAUAACCUUGCACUUUAAUAUAAUUUUUUAUCAUUUUAUUGCGUGUUCAUCGAGUCUGGAUGAAUUAAAACUUUUAAAUGAUUGCAAUUAAAUCGUUUAAUAUUAAAUUCUAACUGUAAAUGAUAGCAAUUUAAUAGUUGAUGGAACACAAUUUUUUUUCUGUAGCUUAAUUGUUUAGUAAAAAAUCUAGCGAUCACGCUUAUAUGAUGAAAAUAAAGAAUUGGUGGUACAAUAAUACCCACCAUAGCUAUCGAACUUUAUCGUCCUUCACACUGACUGAAAUUGAUGAGACUGAACCUUGACAAAAAUUGACAAUUAUGUAUGUAUUAUCUCAUCGAGUACGAGGACAACAUACUUUAUUGCGUAUCACAACUUAUAGAGAAAUGAAUCAUAAUGUGCUAUAA